CGUUUUUACGGAAUUCUUCAUUUCCAUGCUGCGACCAGAUAGUUGUCGCAUGCAGAACUGAAUACACAAAGAGGUCUAUCAUGGCCGAAACUUCGAAUCGACCCAACAGCACGGUGUAUGUUGGGGGACUGGACACCAAUCUCGUCACAGCUGCGACACUCUCGGAAGCUUUUAUUCCAUUCGGCGAAAUAACAGAUAUAACCCUCCCAAAGCCUGAGGCACCAUCCUCAACAGACCUGCAUCGCGGCUUCGGCUAUGUUGAGUUCGAAGAUGCGGUCGAUGCGAAAGAAGCCAUCGACAAUAUGGACCAGAGUGAGCUUUACGGACGGGUGAUCAAAGUAGCAUUUGCCAAACCUGAUCGAAAGGAAACGGGAGAAGUUGGGUUAGGAAGCACGACUGCAAUCUGGGAACAAGAAGACUAUUUGGCCAAGUAUGCUGCAGCAGCGAACGAGGACAAAGCCGCCGUAGAGCAGUCAAGAAAUGAAAGGCCCGAAGACCCUAUGCAAGGACUUGAAGGUCUCGACGUCGCUGGGCCGAAGCCCGAGUGAGCCCAGGGGAACCUUCAAAGCAAAAGGCAGAUUUCAGUUCUCAGGGUUCGAGCGUUCAACCAGACAACAAGCCUUGUGUGCCCCGCCAAAGGGGAAUGGUCGUGACGCGCAGUCGAUUAUUGGAAGCUUUGUUCAGCAAAUCCAGAGGCAUGCGCUGCAGUACCGGCACCGAGGCCGAGACCUCAUUCCAGUACCAUCACAGACCUAGCCACGGCGUUGUAGCGUCCGGGGAGAAGAGACGCGCUUUCAGUACGGGAGAUAAAGCGAAAUCGAGCGAGGCUGCGCUUCAAGAAAGGGCAUGGGAAAGCAAAGAUAUGCCAAUGACCUAUUCAUGGCAUUCUGACUGGAUAUAUACAGGUCCUUGCAUUUUGCAAUUCAUGCUCGGCAAUUCUGAUAUGGCCUCGGUUGCCAUGUUUUACACCUCCUGCAUAUUCAUAUUUGCUUCUCCUUCGCCUUAAUGAGCUUUCGGUGGGUUGCGGUGC